GCCUUAAAAUAAUGCUUAUAGAAAACGAAUAAACCAGCAGAGCAUUAGUAUAUACAUACAGCAGUACAGAAUAUAGAUACAGAGCAUCAACUGAUCCAAGCAUCUGAAUCCAGAAAAAAGAUACUAACAUGGAGAGAAUUGAAGAGAAAGAUUUAGCCAAAAGAGAGAACGGAGAAGUUGAAGCAGCAAGACCCACAUCAUCAAACGACGCCGGGUCAAUCUGUGGCUUUGACUCUCUUCAUCACCUGCUCCAAGCUUCUCUCCCUCCCCAUCUUUUUCAGGAAGUGAGUCGUGUGCUUCUUGGUCUGAAUUGUGGGAAACCUCUGGAAUCCUUACCUAUUCCAGAAUCUGCAAAGGAACUAUCUCUGAAACAGGACUUUGAUCUUCAGGCAUAUUGCUUUCAUGCUGACAAGGAGAUACUAAGAGAACCUCGAGUAGUAAGAGUUGCCCUCAUUCAGAAUUCUAUAGCUCUUCCCACUACUGCAUCCUUUUUGGACCAAAAGAGAGCCAUCUUUGAGAAGUUGAAGCCCAUAAUUAAUGCUGCAGGUGCUUCAGGAGUCAAUAUUUUAUGCUUACAAGAAGCAUGGACAAUGCCGUUUGCUUUUUGCACUCGUGAGAAAAGAUGGUGUGAAUUUGCUGAGCCUGUUGAUGGAGAAUCAACACAGUUUCUUCAGGAAUUUGCUAGAAAAUACAAUAUGGUCAUAGUGAGUCCAAUUCUUGAAAGAGACUUAAAACAUGGGGAGACGAUGUGGAAUACUGCUGUCGUUAUUGGUAAUCAUGGGAACAUAAUUGGCAAGCAUCGGAAGAAUCAUAUACCCAGAGUUGGUGAUUUUAAUGAGAGUACGUAUUAUAUGGAGGGAAACACUGGACAUCCUGUAUUUGAAACCAUUUACGGGAAGAUUGCCGUCAAUAUUUGUUAUGGAAGGCACCAUCCCCUGAAUUGGUUAGCUUUUGGAUUAAAUGGUGCUGAAAUUGUUUUCAAUCCAUCAGCUACUGUUGGUGAACUCAGCGAACCUAUGUGGCCCAUCGAGGCACGGAAUGCUGCUAUUGCUAGCAGUUACUUUGUUGGAUCAAUUAAUCGUGUUGGGACUGAGACCUUUCCAAAUCCAUUUACCUCAGGUGAUGGUAAGCCUCAACACAGUGAUUUCGGACACUUCUAUGGCUCCAGUCACUUUUCUGCACCAGAUGCGUCGUGUACGCCUUCUUUGUCCCGACAUAGAGAUGGAUUGAUGAUAUCAGAUAUGGAUCUCAAUCUGUGUAGACAACUUAAGGACAAAUGGGGUUUCCGAAUGACUGGUAGAUAUGAGCUUUAUAAAGAAAUGCUUGCUCGUUACGUGGAGCCUCAGUUUGAGCCCCAAAUAAUUUCCGAUCCAUCAGUGCAUAAAACCUUUCAUUAAUACAGUUAUAAUUUGAUUCUUAAACAGUAAUGACAAGUGCAUAUCUGUCUGUAUUAAUGAAAUGAUCUGUGUACUUUGCUUGUAACUUUUAAUAAGUCCCAACAUAGAUUUUAAAAGGGACACCUCAGUCAUUUAUAUUUGACGGGUUCUUCUAAGUUA